AUGACGGAAGAGGUCGUGUGGGAAUGGCCGCCGGCGCCGAUCCGGCUUGUCGAGGACGACGGCGAGACGAUGCACCUCGCCGCCGCAGGCGUCGCCUUCCUCCAAGGCUUCGAGUACCCCAUUGGCACGCUUGUCGUCUCGGGCGGGCCCGACCGGCUGCGCGAUGCGAGCCGUGUGCUCGGCGACGGUCCGCCCGCCCGCGACGAGUCCAGCACCGCGCCUGGCAUCUACAUUGUAGGCUCGGCCGACUAUAUGCAAUCCGGUCGGUGCGCCCUAUUGCUCGAUCUGCAGCUGCCGUCGGGUCCGAGCCCUCUCCGCGCAGUGGCCCUCGCACUCGCAAGCCUUGUCCUCCACAUUGGCAGCGGCGAAGUCGACGCAGCGGCGCACUUGCUACAAGGGCUCAGCAACGACACACCUGACGUAGCUCCGUUUCUGCCAUUGAUGGCCUGGGUCACGCCCAGUGCAGCGCCUGUCUUCACACCGAGCGCUUGGCCCGACGUCGGCGGUCGCCCGCGUGACGCACAGCUCGCCAAGGCACGUCACGUUUGCGCGAUCGAGCUGCCUACCGACGCCGACGACGCUUUUCUGAGCGCCUGCCGCACCAACCUCCUAGACGCGCUGCCCGAGAAGCGGCUCUUCAACGUGACGUUCACCGGCCCGCUCCUUGUCGCGUUCCUCGAUGCGUGUCUGCAGCCAACGGCCGACGGCGCCCUGGACCUGCUCUCCGCCUGGGACCACAUUGUCGACCUGCAAUGCGAGCCCAUCAUCGCGGAUGCGCUCCAGACGUACCGGGACGCGAUGGACGGCGCGGUCACCGAGUCGCCGCCGCUCGAGCUGCCCGCGUACGAGACGCUGCACGACGACGUUUCUCGCAUGGCGCUCGCACUCUUCGCGUCCCGCGCGACUUUUCCCCACGCGCCGGCGCGGUCCAAGGCCAAGGCAGCGCUGUGGGACGCGCUGCGGCGCCUCGAUCGCGACCAGCGGGACUCGCUGGACGCCCACUCUGAGGCGUUCUGCUCUGCGCUGUGCACGCAGCUCUGGCACGCGGUGACGGCGGAUAGCACUCUCGAGCCCGCGUCCGCGCUCCUGGAAGUUUCGGCAAAGUACCACGCCGCGUGCCGAGGCCCGGCCAAGCAUCGCGUCUGGAGCGAGCGCAUCGCGGCCGAUGGCGCAGCCUGUUUCCAGCAAGCGACCGCCGCCGCGUACGCCGCGUGGACCGACGACAAGCUCGCAAACGAGCGCGAUGCGUUGGACGCCGCGUACAAGGCCAAGCACGCGACGCUCACCGAGCACUUUUGCCGAGAAAAGGCGACGCUGGAAGCGCGGCUGCAGCAGGAACAAUCCUUGCAGGCCAAGGCCCACGCCGCGGCGCUCGCCCGCGCCAAGAUGGAAAACAACGAGACGCGCCGGACGCGCGACGAGCUCGCGGCGGCGCAAGAGACCAUCGCGAGUCUCCACGAAGCGUUGCGGCAGCGAGAGCUCGAAAUCAAGACAGCCAACGAGUCGAUCGCGUCGUUGAAACGCGAGAUGGUGCAGCUGGAGGCAGCGCGCGCGGACGAGGCCAUCGCGCGGACGGCGCUCGUCGACCGCCUCACCGAGUCGCUGCAAACAGAGACGGCGCUGCGAGCGCAAUUGGACGCCGUCGAAGCGGCGCGACUGGCCGAUGUGACGGCGCGUGCGUCGAUGGCCCACGACGCGGUCGCGCAGCUGCGCAUCCUGAGCGAAGAGAAGGACAUGCUCCAGCUCAAACUCAACGAGUUUUUUCUCAAAGCAUCGGCGCUGCCGCCGGCGAUCCAACAACAUCUUUUGCUGCCCGCCGAGUCGGAGCCCGUCGUGUUUGCUGACGCGCUCUCGAGCUUCAUGGCCGCCUAACGCGUCUAGAAUGUACUAUUACGG